UCGAGGACGAGGAAUUUUCCCCUGCAUCGCGAAACAGAGAGUUGAGGUUCAUUGGAUCUUACGUCGACCGUCCCUUCUCCUCCAUCCAACGGAGAUUAUCUCUCUCUCCCUCUUCAAAAAAAAAAAAAAAAAAAAUCUCUCUCCUCUCUUCCUCCGCUUCCGGUCACCUUCCCUUCUAAAAUUUUCUCCCAUCCACAGAAAACAGACCGACCGUCGUUUACCGUUCUUUUAUUAGCCCCGCCCAAGCGCUAAUCCGCUUCCGCUUCCGAUUUGCGAGUCUGCUCCUCUCCUUCCCCAAUUUGGUUUCUCUCUGGUUAUGUUAGGGUUUCGAUUAACACCAUGUCGUCGAUGAUUGAGACCCUGAGGCCGGUUUCGCACUCCAGGUGGUUCCACGCCGACUCCGAUUGUAAAUAUCGUUAUCCUCCUCCUUCUCACUGCCGCGGCUCUUUCCCGUUCCGCGCCCAUUCUAGGGUUCCUCACCGGGAUCCGCUGCGGUUCCCUCGUCCCGUGAACGUGCGCAAUGAAUCUCGUCUGCCCUGCGGAGCUCUGCGAGGUUCUAAUAAUCUAUGGGGAAGUGGGGUUUGGAGGAGUUGCAGGUUGAGAGAGCACAGAAUAUUGGCGAAAUGUCAGGACGGGGAUUCGACGACGAGCUCGAGCGAGCCAAGGGCGGAGACCGAAGGGCAGCAGGUUAGCAGCACGAACACGCCCAACACGGGUCCAAAGCAGAAGAGGGAGAAGCAAGGGAAAGGUGAGUGGUGGUUGUGGUCGAAGCGGCAGAAUUGGAAAUGGCAGCCUUUAAUUCAAGCUCAGGAGGUCGGGGUCUUGCUUUUGCAAUUAGGGAUUGUAAUGUUUGUUAUGCGGUUGCUGCGGCCUGGGAUUCCGCUGCCAGGGUCGGAGCCAAGACCGCCGACGACGUUCGUUAGUGUACCGUACAGUGAUUUUGUGAGCAAGAUUAAUAGCAACAAGGUGCAGAAAGUGGAGGUUGAUGGCGUCCACAUCAUGUUCAAACUGAAAAACGAGGCGGCCGGAAAUCAGGAGACAGCUGAAGUGGUUGAUGGUAGGUGGCAGGAGUCGGAGCAAUUGUUAAGGAGCGUCGCGCCAACCACAAGGAGGAUUGUGUACACGACUACUAGACCCAGUGAUAUCAAGACUCCAUACGAGAAGAUGCUUGAAAACCAGGUGGAGUUUGGAUCGCCUGAUAAGAGGUCUGGUGGAUUUUUCAACUCAGCUUUGCAAUUCUACGCUCUCAAAGAUCACAGCCCUCAUACACCCAUGUGGUCAGGAUGCCAGUCAUGUUCUAUAGUUUCUGAAUGCUUUGCCCUUAUCUUACGUAGAGGGUGUUGAGGGAUUGCUCCUUUGCAUUUUGGCAGCCUACCGUGAACUGCCAAUCUCCCUCUUUGAGGCUUCUGCAAGUCAUAUUUUCCCUAACCAGGAAGCAUGGAAAUUAAACUAGGGAAAUGAAGAUUUUUAUUGCGUGAACACAUGCUUCUUUCUACACUCAGUGUGUCAAUUUCGCUGUUAUUUGCAUCAAUUCGCUUGGGACUGCUUUCCAAAUGUGGAGUCUUACAAGUUUGUUUUCCCCUUUCUAUGGCAGAUUGCUUUGUUCUAUGUGGCUGUGCUUGCUGGACUUCUCCAUAGAUUCCCUGUUAGCUUUUCUCAGCAUUCGGCUGGUCAGAUUAGGAACCGCAAGUCUGGUAGUUCUGGAGGUACAAAAGUUGCUGAGCAAGGAGAUGCAAUCACUUUUGCUGAUGUUGCUGGCGUUGAUGAAGCUAAGGAAGAGUUAGAAGAAAUAGUGGAAUUUCUCAGGAACCCAGACAGGUACAUAAAACUUGGUGCUCGUCCUCCUCGGGGUGUUCUUCUGGUUGGUCUUCCUGGUACAGGCAAGACCCUUUUGGCAAAGGCUGUUGCCGGGGAAGCUGAUGUCCCUUUCAUUAGUUGCUCAGCUAGUGAGUUUGUAGAGUUAUAUGUCGGAAUGGGUGCUUCACGUGUAAGAGACCUGUUUGCACGAGCAAAGAAGGAGGCACCAUCAAUUAUAUUUAUUGAUGAGAUAGAUGCGGUGGCGAAAAGUCGUGAUGGGAAGUUUCGCAUUGUUAGCAAUGAUGAGCGGGAGCAAACUUUGAACCAGUUGCUUACUGAGAUGGAUGGAUUUGAUAGCAACUCUGCAGUAAUAGUUCUCGGAGCAACAAAUCGCGCUGAUGUUUUAGAUCCUGCUCUUCGGAGACCCGGAAGAUUUGAUCGUGUAGUUACGGUGGAAGCCCCUGACAGGAAAGGAAGAGAGGCCAUUUUGAAAGUGCAUGCCUUAAAGAAGGAGCUUCCUUUAGGAAAGGAUGUCGACCUUAGUGGUAUCGCUUCAAUGACCACUGGCUUUACUGGGGCUGAUCUUGCAAAUCUUGUAAAUGAAGCUGCUCUAUUGGCUGGAAGGAAAAGCAAAACCUUGGUAGAGAAAAUUGAUUUCAUUCAAGCCGUAGAACGGUCUUUAGCUGGCAUAGAGAAGAAGACGGCCAAACUGCAAGGAAGUGAGAGGGCUGUCGUUGCACGCCAUGAAGCAGGUCAUGCAGUAGUUGGCACUGCUGUUGCUAGCCUCCUCCCUGGACAACCACGUGUGGAGAAGCUAAGCAUACUACCAAGGACGGGAGGUGCAUUGGGGUUUACUUAUACACCACCAACAACUGAGGACAGAUAUUUACUUUUCAUCGAUGAGUUACGGGGCCGUUUGGUCACCCUUCUUGGAGGGCGUGCAGCAGAAGACGUGGUGUACUCAGGCCGUGUGUCCACCGGUGCACUAGAUGAUAUUAGACGAGCUACAGACAUGGCGUACAAGGCAAUAGCGGAAUAUGGUCUCAGUCGGACCAUAGGUCCUGUAUCUGUUGGAACACUUUCUGGAGGUGGGAUGGAUGAGUCUGGAGGUAGUCCAUGGGGAAGGGAACAGGGCCAUCUUGUUGAUCUAGUUCAAAGGGAGGUGAAGGAAAUGCUACAAUCUGCAAUGGAAGUGGCACUCUGUGUCGUUCGUGCUAAUCCUACUGUCUUGGAAGGACUUGGUGCUCAUCUUGAAGAGAAAGAGAAAGUAGAAGGAGAAGAGCUGCAAGAGUGGCUGAAAUUGGUAGUUGCUCCAGAGGAGCUAGCUUCUUUUGUCCGAGGCCAUCAGCAAGCAUCUUUCCUCCCGCUCCCUCUACCUCUCCCUGCACAGGCGGCAGGUUCAUGACAGACUUAAGAUUGGCAACACAGCGAUGGAAUGGGGUUAGAAAUCAUUGACCCUAGCUUGUAAAAUUGAUGCCAACACGACGAUGGGGCAACUACAGAGAUCAGCCUGAAGCCACCCUAAAAUUUGUAUACAUUCGUUCAAACUGCACUGGAGUUAUGGCUCUCUCUCAGUCGUUUUAACAUAUACUUGGCCCAAGCCAGAAAGGAAGAAGAAUCCAGCUACACGCACAUUCACUGGUGAGUGUUGCGGCCAUAAUGUUAUGAACACCAUGUUCAUUUAGCCUAGCAAGUCAGUGGGUUGGCCGGGGUGUUUCGUUUAGUCAGAGUACAUUACGUUGCAGCCUUUCGAGUCCUCAUUGAUCUGUUGAGGCAUUGCAAACUCGUGUAUUCAUCUGUAUACAUGAUUAUUACUCGUCUGAGAAAAAAUCUUAUAGCAUGUACACUAAGCGAUAUUUUGUUUGUAAAUAAGACGAAUUAUUUUCUUGGUCGGUUUACAUUACAGGUCUAAACAAAAAGGGAUGCUUCUCUGCACUUGAUAUAAUCUAAUGUUACUCAGGCCGAUGCAAAUGCUAGGGGUUGGCG